AUGCUACAUCAUUUUAAUGAACACUAACAACAGUAGAAGAGAAAAAUUAAAUACUUAAAUCAAUCAAUAAAAAUGUUUUCUUUCGUUUUUUGUCUUAUUCUUCUUCAAACGAUAGUCAUUGAUGCAAAGACUAUGGAGUUACACUCAUCAACGCGAGUCAUUGCACAAAGUUGUCUGGAUUACCUUAAAAAAGGCUACAAAUCUGAUGGUUUCUACAAAAUCCGCGAUUUCAACGCAAACAGGAUCAUUACAGUCUAUUGUGACUUGACCUCGGAGCCUGGAUCAGCCUGGACUUUGGUCAUGUCGUUUGCAUUUAAAAAUAGACAAGUCGAACAGUUUAAAAAGAAAGGCUUACAACAAGACGCUCCGGUAAAUGAGAAUUCACCUAACUGGGAGAUUUAUCGUAUGAGCCACUAUCAAAUGAAUUAUCUGAAAUCACAGUCGACCCACUGGAGAGCAACAUGCAGUUAUCCAAAGAACAAAGUCGAUUAUAGAGAUUAUGUGAGAGCAAAGUUUUCUGAUUUUGACGUCAUGACUUUUGCUGGCUAUGGCAUUUGCAAGAAAGUAGAGCUUGUAAACAUCCGUGGUCAUCAAUGUGCAAAAUGUACGUCGAAAUGGUAUCAAGUAUUAAAUACAUACAUGGCACAUAUCGAUAGUCCGUCUUCAGGUUGUAAAUUUGACGCUCGCACUGGUUCUUUUGGUUCUGAAGAUAACUUUGGCUACUAUAGUCAUGUUAACAAGAAAUUUCGUUGCACUGCAAGCAGGCUUUCGACAACCAACUGGUGGUUUGGUGUUUACAUGACAAUUUAAUUUCGAGAAACAUUUUAGCCAUCCAAUGAAUACCUUUGAUAUCGUAGUAAAGUAAAAUAAACGCGUACUUUAACAGUUUUGUGUAUCUGUUGGGUGAUUAAAAAAUAGAUUACAUCUAAA